AUGAUCCUCAGAAGGCUAGUGCUUGCUGGCAGCCUGCUGCUGGCCACAGCAUUCACCAGUGCCAAAAAAGCAGACAGUCCCAUAAUUAUGGCCACGAGGUUCGAUCAUGAGCCCAUCAACCUCUUCUAUUUCGGUGACUCGGACGUCGUGAUGCUCCAGGACAUCAAGAAUGGCGAUGUGUAUGUCUCCAGGGAUGCCGGCGUGAAAUGGGAUAUGGUGAAUCUGGAUGGAUUAAAAGGACAAGCCUUGUCACUCUGGUCGCACCCAACAGAUAGGACCAAGGCAUACAUACUAGGCAAGGCAGGAAAGCAUUGGGUCACGAAUGAUCAGGCCGUGUCGUGGCAUGAGUUUAGCGCCGAUGUGGAAUUCUUCCAAUCCCUGUUUCCGCUAGUUUUCCACGGCAAGGAUUCCGACCGGGUAUUGCUUCAGGGACACAAAUGUGUUGGACGCGACUGCAAGGAAGUAACAUAUUACACGACGGAUGGGUUUAAAACAGUGGACAUCUUAAUUGAGAAUGCACGGGGAUGUAACUGGGCCGUUUCAACACCCAUCUUUGGAGAUGGGCUCAACCUGUCAAAGGAGGUGAACGAUCGGAUAUUCUGUAUUGUACCAGGAUUGCAAUCUCCUUGGUCGGAUUAUAAUCGGCUCCUCUACUCGGAUCGGUUUUUCAAGCAAGAUUCGGGGACCGAAGCUCCGCUUGAUAGCGGCCGUGCUGUCAGUGGCGUCGUGCGUACCGCAAGCGUGAAGAAAUACCUGCUUGCUGCGGCGAAGUCGGCUAGGACGAGUGAGCUGGCGCUUUAUGUUACAGACGAUGGGUCCCAGUGGCAUCGAGCAGAGUUUGAUGGACAGAGGGUAGAAGAGGAUGCAUACACUGUGCUAGAGUCUACCAAUUACAGUAUUCAGAUAGAUGUGGUGGCAGAAACACCCUCGGCACCCAUGGGCACGCUGUUCACGUCUAAUUCAAAUGGCACCUACUUCACACGCAAUAUUGACCACACAAACCGCAACGGCCUGGGAUUCGUCGAUUUUGAGAAAAUCGCGACUAUCCAAGGUAUCAUACUGGUGAAUACUGUCAAAAAUUGGGAAGAUGUUGAAAUGUCAGCUCUAGUGGAAAAGAAGAUUAUCAGCCAGAUUUCAUUUGACGAUGGGAGGACUUUUCAGCCACUAAAGGCUGGUAAACAUGACCUUCACCUUCAUUCGGUCACCCAUUUGUCUAACAGCGGUCGUGUGUUUUCAAGUCCGGCGCCCGGCUUGGUUAUGGGGGUUGGUAACACAGGUGGUCAUCUUAAGGAUUACUACGAUGGCGACUUGUACGUUUCUGACGACGCGGGAAUUACCUGGAGGAAAGCUCUAGAUGAAGCUCAUAAAUACGAAUUUGGAGACCAGGGCUCUGUGAUUGUUGCCGUAUUUGAUGAGGGAAGAACAGGCAAAAUUUCUUAUUCGCUUAACCAUGGCAAGGAUUGGAAAGAGGCCUCACUGCCCGAUGGUAUUAAAAUUCGUGCAAGAAUACUUACGACGAUGCCUGACUCCACAGGUUUGAAGUUCCUGCUAGUUGGGUCCUCUAAAAGAGACUCCGACGUGGAACAUUAUGUCAUCUCCAUUAGCUUUACGGAUAUGGAAGAACGAACUUGCGGGAAGGAUGACUUUGAAACAUGGCCAGCCAGAUUGAACGAGAAAAACGAGCCGGACUGCCUGAUGGGCCAUAAGCAAUUCUAUCAACGGAGGAAGGCGGAUGUUGAUUGUUUCAUUAAGAAGAAAUUCCAGGAACCAGUUCCUCAAUUUGAGCCUUGCAAAUGUACCGUGGAGGAUUUUGAGUGUGACUUCAACUUUAUCCGCAGUACCGAGGGCAAGAGUUGCGUUCCCGCCAGAAGCCUCCCGGUUCCUGAGGGUGCCUGCAAAAAGCCAAAUGAUAAGUACAUGGGCAGCUCUGGGUUUAGGCUGAUCCCCGGAAAUGCGUGUAUAAGGGAAGGCGGAGUGGAACUUGAUAAGCAAAUCGAACGUGUCUGCACAGAUACAUUGACGGUUCCUGUCAGUGGUGAGAUUGUUGUUCAGAAGACAUUUUUUACGGCAGACAAUUACAAAGGUUACUUUUAUCUUGAGCGUAAGGACAGCAGCAAAGGUGAUGAUGAAACAGUCAUCAUGAUCACUAGUGAGCUACAAAUUUAUAUUACCAGGGACCACGGCAAGAAUUGGAAGGAAAUUUUUCCUGGCGAAACCAUAACCCGAAUAGUCCCACACCAAUACUUUGAUGACGUUGCCUAUUUCUUGACAAACAGUGGGGAUGGCUGGUAUACUCUGGACCGUGGAGAAAAUUUUAGAAAGUUCAAGGCCCCCAUACCUCCCAAUCAAGACAAACUUCCGGUCUUAUCAUUCCAUCCCGAACGGAGAGAUUGGCUUAUAUGGACCGGCGCCGAGGAAUGCAAGACACGGGGACCCCAAUGCCACUCUGUUGCCUACUACUCUACGAACCACGGGAGCGAAUGGCACUUCCUCAUGCAAUAUGUUCGCAGAUGCGAGUUCAUAAAGAGAGAAGCUCGAGGCUCGAGCAACAAUCUUGUGUUUUGCGAACAGUUUGAGAAUGAAAAUCCUUUGAACCAUCAUCUGCAGCUCCUCUCAACUGAUGACUGGUUUUCUGAGAAAAAGGUCCACUAUAACAAUAUUUUGGACUUCGCUACCAUGCAAGAGUUUAUAAUCGUGGCAGUGCGAGGAGAGAAACCCGAAGAUUCCCUCAGUGUGGGCGUUAGUGUUGAUGGUGAGACUUUUGCAUACGCUGAUCUUCCAGCUAACGUUCAGAUUCCGGUCCAACGGGCGUAUACCGUACUAGAGAGCAGGACGCAUGCCGCCUUCCUCCAUGUUACCGUCAACAAUGUAGAGGACCACGAGUACGGAAGCAUCAUAAAGAGUAACAGCAACGGAACAUCCUACGUCCUUAGUUUGAGUGCGGUGAAUAGGAAUACUUAUGGAUACGCAGAUUUUGAAAAAAUGCAAGGCAUGGAGGGUGUUGCUAUGGCCAACGUUGUCGGCAAUGUGGCAGAUGUUGAAAAGGGAGCUGCGAAAAAAUAUCGAACCAUGAUUACGCAUAAUGAUGGAGCGGAAUGGGCACUACUAUCUCCCCCAAGCAAAGAUUCUGAAGGCCGCGACUAUAGUUGCUCAACAGAAGGAGGGAAACCUACUGAUAAAUGCGCGUUACACCUCCACAGCUACACCGAACGUGCAGAUCCCCGGGACACAUACUCAUCACCUUCUGCUAUAGGCGUCAUGCUAGGAACUGGAAAUGUAGGUGAAUAUUUAACUCUUAAAAGCGAUGCUGACACCUUCAUCACCCGAGAUGGCGGUAUAACUUGGCAGGAGGUGAGGAAAGACAGAUACCAAUGGGAAUUUGGCGACAGUGGAUCCAUUAUCGUAAUCGUGCCUGAGUCUCGCCCAACCAAAACUCUCCUUUAUUCUCUGGACGAAGGCAAGAGUUGGAAGGAAUUCCAAUUUACAGAGGUCGAGAUGCUGAUCCGUGAUAUCUCUACCGUACCCUCAGAUACCUCCCGAAAUUUCCUGCUCUGGGGCAAUGAAGUAGGCAAUGGAAAGAAGCCCGGUGUCGCCGCUGUCAACAUAGAUUUUUCGAACUUAAAAGAGAGACACAAGCAGUGUGUUUUGAACGAAGAGAAGCCAGAGGCUGAUGAUUAUUAUCUCUGGGAACCUAUGCAUCCUUUCCAACCUAACGGAUGCUUGUUUGGCCACAGAGCUAAAUACCACCGGAAGCGACCUGAUAGGGAUUGUUUUAUUGGUCGAGAACUUCAGCAUUUGGAUUCGAUUGGGGAUAUUUGCGAGUGUACACGGUCAGAUUACGAAUGUGAUUAUAACUAUGAGCCGCAAAUCGACGGCACUUGUGCCCCUGUCCCUGGGCUUAAACCCCUUGACCCAAAACUUAUCUGCACGGAGGAUCCAAAAGCCGUCGAAUGGUACGAACCAACCGGUUAUCGACGCAUACCUCUAACCAAGUGCGAGGGCGGCAAACAGCUUCACCACAUCAUUCCCCAUGCUUGUCCAAACAAGGAAGAAGAAUUCCUGAAGAAACACCCAGGCCUACGCGGCGUCGGCCUUUUCUUCGUCAUUAUGAGUCCCAUCGGCCUCGCAGCCGCCAUCGGGUAUUAUGUCUAUACUCGCUGGGACGGCAAAUUCGGUCGCAUUCGCCUGGGUGACACGGGCUCAGGAGGCUUCUUUGCCAGUGAUUCGCUCCUCAUAUCGAUACCCGUGGCGAUUGUGGCCGGUGUGGUCGCUGUUGCCACUGCGCUGCCUCUCCUGGCGUCCAGUCUCUGGCGCAGCGUGAGAGGGUAUGCACGUGUACCUGGCGGGAGCUCAUCGCAACGGGUGUAUUCAUCGAGGGCUGCAUUUGCGGCGCAGAGGGCAGACUAUGUGGGUGUUGUGGAUGAUGAGGAUGAAUUGCUUGGAGCGGAAGAUUUUGAUGAGGAGGAAAACGAUGAUAGAGGUCAAGUAUGA